CGGUGGCUCCUCGCCAGUCACCAGCCCGGCGGUGCUCAUGCUGCCCCUCCUCAUCCUUGACCAACUUUGCAGAGCGCUCUCUGGUCCUCUGGUCGCAGCGCCGCGCGCUCACACCGCCCAGAUCCAGCGUGGGACCCAGCGCCGCAUCCCGCUCUCUAGCCUUCAGGCCUCCUCACUGGAGAGGCAGAGCCCUCAAGUGGUCUCCUGCCUCACUCAUAGCCUGUGCACCGGGGAGCCUGGAUUGCCGACAACAGCAGGUGUGUCCAUGGGCUCUGCAGACCAGCAGUUCAACCUCGCAGAGAUCCUGUCACAGAACUACGGCAUCCGGGAGGAGUGUGAAGGGACCUCGAGACGUCCAGAGCCACCUGAGGAGGAGCUGGACAAGGACUUCAUCUCCCAGAGCAGUGACAUGCCCCUUGACGAGCUGCUGGCCCUCUAUGGCUAUGAGACAUCAGACCCCAUCUCAGAGCGGGACAGUGAGGGCAGCGAUGCCACAACCAACCUCCCGGACAUGACUCUGGACAAGGAACAAAUAGCGAAGGAUUUGCUUUCAGGGGAAGAAGAAGAAGAGACACAAUCCUCUGCUGAUGACCUCACCCCCUCCGUGACCUCCCACGAGACCUCCGACCUUUUCCCUAGCCAGAAUGGACCCCACUUCCUGACUGGCACAGACAAGGAGCUGGGCUCUUCCACCUCGUCUGACAAUGAGGAGGACCCUCUUCCUUCCAACAAGUGUAAGAAGGUGCGUGUCUCUCUGCAGAGACAAGUGCGUGGCAUCCGAGAGGAGAUCAUGGUUGGGCCUCAGUUCCAAGCUGACCUCAGCAACCUGCACUUGAACCGCCUUGGUGAGAAGAUCUAUGAGAACGAAGACCAGCUGCUGUGGGACCCCAACAUCCUCCCUGAGAGGGAGGUGGAGGAGUUCUUGUACCGGGCAAUCAAGCGGAGAUGGCACGAGAUGGCUGGGUCUCAGCUCCCGGAGGGAGAAGCAGUGAAAGAUAGCGAGCAGGCGCUGUAUGAGCUGGUGAAAUGCAGUUUUAAUGUGGAGGAGGCUCUGCGGAGACUACGGUUCAAUGUGAAGGUGAUCCGAGACGGGCUCUGUGCUUGGAGUGAGGAGGAGUGCAGGAACUUCGAGCACGGCUUCCGCGUGCACGGGAAGAACUUCCACCUGAUCCAGGCCAACAAGGUGCGUACGAGGUCUGUGGGCGAGUGUGUGGAGUACUACUACCUGUGGAAGAAGUCAGAGCGCUACGACUACUUUUCCCAGCAGACACGGCUGGGACGGAGGAAGUAUGGCCCAUCGGGAACCACGGACACAGACCAGGACCUAGAUAGCAGUGACCCUGAUGGCCUCGCCCGUCCUCGCUCCUCACCACCCCUGCCCCCUGCUGCUGACAGCCUAGGCCCUGAGCAGGACCCCGUGGCACGGAUGCACAUGGAGCCACUGAGUGUGGACAGCAUGGCUGGCAGUCUUGGUGAGCCUGAGGAGGGCUCCAACGGCCUCCCGUCCUCGGAGCCGGGGCCCUGUCUGUUCCAACAGCUGGACACUUCCCCCACCGUGCCCCUGCCCCAGCAGCCCCCGGCCCUGGACGAGCCAGCCUUCUGCCCCUCCGCUGCAGCGGCUCCAGAGCCCGGUGCCAGCUCGAGACUGCCUGUGGACUUGGCCCUGCCCACGGCCCUCCCUGAGGCCCUCCCUGAAGAGCUGCCCCUGGUCUCCAGCCACGUGGAUAUGGACGGAGAGCCUGAGGAGGCUGUGGCCCCUGCACAGGUGGCCUUGUCGGUCACUGAGUUUGGACUCAUUGGCAUUGGGGACGUGAAUCCUUUCCUGGCUGCCCACCCAGCGUGCCCGGGCCCUGGGCUGCACUCGGAGCCCCUGUCACAGUAAUACAUUCAUAUGGUUCAAAAUCCAAAAAGCUGUAACGUGAUGACCUGUUGAUUCCUGGCCACAGGCGGGCGUGCGUGGCCUAGACUGGACUUGAGGCCACUGUGGGGCCUGCCUCUGCCCGUCAGUCUUCCCGACCCUUUUCCUCGUGGGCCUCGGGUAACGCCUUCUCUGCUUCAGAACACUUCAAGGACUGGGGUGAGCAGUGGCAGGGCUACCAGCCCUGCCCCUCCCCACACGCAGACCGGCACCCUCAGGGCUGGGCACCACCGCCUGGCUCUAGGCUGCCACUCACCGUGGGACCCGUUGGGCAGCUGGGUGCAGAGGGCCAGGUCCCCUCUAGCCAGCGGAGGCCAGGAAAGGCAUCCCUGCCUGUCAGGGGGAGACAGGGCAGGGUGAUGCCCUCCCCCCACCAGCAGUCUCCACCCAGGGAGCCCCCAGCACUCUGCUUGGCUCUGUCUCCCCGCACCUAGCAGGGCCAUGGGCUGCCCCAGCCCGGGGGUCGGUGGGCAGCUGCUACUCGGUGCCAAACCCCACGGGGCACAGAGCCAUAUACCUCGACGUUGGCCCCGCCCCUCCCUUGACCUCACCCACUCUGUCCACUUCAGGAAAAGCCGCACUUUAUGCCCAUCUGCCUCCUCUCUCUAUCCGCCCCAGGGCCUCUCAGCAGCCUUGUGCGGGCAUGGGUUCCAAGAGACAGGUGGCUGACAUCCCCCCUGUUGCCUGCAAUGCCGAGGGGCCGGGUUCCAGCCUGUUCUCCUGACCGUGCAGGUCGUGUUUCUGUUGAAGCUCCCCAGCAAGAUGGUUUGGGGUCCUGGUCCUUCUCUUCACCCACCACCCUUGUUUUAUUUAUGUUUCUGUUUACAAAUUGGAGUGGGGUCCUCAGGGGGACAGGGCAGCUCUCCCUAGGCCCUGGGUGUCACCAGGAGAGUUUUGGCUUGAGCCCCUCUGCAGAGUUGGACUCAGCCUUUCCUGUCACCCCAACAAGGACCACACUGUGAAGUGACAACUGCCUUGAACCCCUUGCUGUUUUAUUUAUUAAACUUGAUUUGAAACCCUUGA